AUGGAUCCAACGCCGCAGUCGCACCCGAUCCUCGCCUACGUGCUGUCCCGCCUCCCCUCGCUGCCCGCGGUGAGGACGCCGCGGUCCCCGUCGCUGACGUCCUCCCCGCGCGAGCGGGACCUCGAGCAGGCGUCCCCGCGCACGCCGUCGGGCGCCGCGGAGAUCGACCUGGUGGGGCGCAUGCCGGGCCUGCGCCACCCGUCCGUGCUCUCGGCCAUGACGCGCGCCGUCGCCGACGUCGCCUCCGCGCGCGACGCGAUCCGCCUCCUGGGCCCCCGCCCCGACCACGAGCAGGUCGACGCCUCCCGCGCGCUCCUCCUCUCCGCCGCCUCCGGGGACAAGCCGGACGCGACCGCGAAGGAGAAGGACGACGAGGAGGAGAAGCUGGAGGCGAGCCGGGAGGUGGUGCGGCUGGAGGAGGAGCACGAGGCGUACGGCGCCCUUCUGCGGGAGGCGGAGGAGAAGCUGGAGAGCGUGUACCGGAUGGCGAUGCACGGGAGGGACAUCCAGGAGGGUGGCGGCGGUGAGAGAAAGAAGGGGGAGGAGGAGGAGGGCUCCGGAGCGGUGGACGAGGAGGUGGUGCGGGUGCUCAAGGAAGCGGAGGAAGGGAGAACGUUGGAGCGGGUGGACCUCGCCGACCGGCAGCUGCGCCUCCUGCCGGAGCCCGUCGGCCGGAUCCGCGGCCUCCUCGCGCUCGACGUCUCCCGCAACCAGCUCAAGGUGGUUCCCGAUGCUAUUGGCGGGCUCGAACACCUGGAAGAACUCCGCCUCGCCUCCAACAACUUGGUUUCCCUCCCGGACUCCAUCGGCCUCCUCUCCAACCUCAAGCUCCUCGACGUCUCCGGCAACCGGCUCAGGGUCCUGCCCGACACCAUCUCGAAAUGCAGAUCGCUGGUGGAGCUGGACGCGAGCUACAACGCGCUGGCGUACCUCCCGACGGGCAUCGGGCACGAGCUGGUGCACCUGCAGGCGCUGCGCGUGCACCUCAACAAGCUGCGGUCGCUGCCGUCCUCCGUCUGCGAGAUGCGGUCGCUGCGCCUCCUGGACGCGCACUUCAACGAGCUCCGGGGCCUCCCCGCCGCCAUCGGCCGGCUCUCCGCGCUGGAGUCGCUGGACCUGAGCAGCAACUUCAGCGACAUGCGGGACCUGCCGCCGUCGUUCGGUGACCUGGCGGGCCUCCGCGAGCUCGACCUCAGCAACAACCAGAUCCGCGCGUUGCCGGACUGCUUCGGUCGGCUGGGCAGGCUGGAGCGCCUCCGCCUCGACCAGAACCCGCUCGCCGUGCCACCGCCGGAGGUGGUCGCCGGCGGCGUAGGCGCGGUGAAGGAGUACAUGGCGGGGCGGUGGGCCGAGGCCGUCGCCGAGGAGGAGCGGCGGCGCGCGAGCGCGGCCGCCAUGGCGGUGGAUAGCCCCACCAAGGCGUCCACGCCCAGGGAGUGGCUGACGCGGAGCGUGUCGUCGCUGAGCACAUGGGUGUCGGAUGUGACUGUGAAGGUCGUCGGACAGGACACGGUGGAGGAGGAAGAGGAAUUCCUGCAGCAGCAGUUCUGAAGGUGCCCGGCGGCCGCAUCCAUCGCCAGACCGUCGCCGUAGAAAUGACUGCAAAGGUUGGUUGGUUCGUGCAAGACUAGUGCGCACGACGCAAGAUGAUCGCGCAUUCACUGAUUUGUUGUUUCGUAAUUUUAUUGCUAACGUUUCUUACUGAAAUUUGUAUCUAGUAUAACACGUUUCUUGGGUUUGUCUUUAAGCUGAAAUGUAAUCUUCUUUGUGAACUGUCCUAUGAAACGGCAUCAACAAAGAUUAUCAAAAGAUGUACAAAAAUGAAUCCAGUA